CCCUGCCGCCGCCCGCCCGCCCGGGGCGCCCACCUCGCCGGCGCCGGGCCCGGGAGCGAUGACAUCGACGGGGAAGGACGGCGGCGGGGCGCAGCACGCGCAGUAUGUGGGGCCCUACCGGCUGGAGAAGACGCUGGGCAAGGGGCAGACAGGCCUCGUGAAGCUGGGGAUUCACUGUGUCACGUGCCAGAAGGUGGCCGUCAAAAUUGUCAACCGGGAGAAGCUCAGCGAGUCUGUGCUGAUGAAGGUGGAGCGGGAGAUCGCCAUCCUGAAGCUCAUCGAGCACCCUCAUGUCCUGAAGCUGCACGACGUCUACGAAAACAAAAAAUAUUUAUACCUGGUGCUAGAACACGUGUCGGGUGGGGAGCUCUUCGACUACCUGGUCAAGAAGGGGAGGCUGACCCCCAAAGAGGCCCGGAAGUUCUUCCGGCAAAUCAUCUCGGCGCUGGACUUCUGCCACAGCCACUCCAUAUGCCACCGGGAUCUGAAACCAGAAAACCUUCUGCUGGACGAGAAAAACAACAUCCGGAUCGCAGACUUCGGCAUGGCGUCCCUGCAGGUGGGGGACAGCCUGCUGGAGACCAGCUGCGGGUCCCCCCACUAUGCCUGCCCCGAGGUGAUCCGGGGCGAGAAGUACGACGGGCGCAAGGCGGACGUGUGGAGCUGCGGGGUGAUCCUGUUCGCGCUCUUGGUGGGGGCGCUGCCCUUCGACGACGACAACCUGCGGCAGUUGCUGGAAAAGGUGAAGCGGGGCGUGUUCCACAUGCCGCACUUCAUCCCGCCGGACUGCCAGAGCCUGCUGCGCGGCAUGAUCGAGGUGGACGCGGCGCGGCGCCUCACGCUAGAGCACAUUCAGAAACACAUAUGGUAUAUAGGGGGCAAGAACGAGCCUGAGCCGGAGCAGCCCAUCCCCCGCAAGGUGCAGAUCCGCUCGCUGCCCAGCCUGGAGGACCUCGACCCCGACGUGCUGGACAGCAUGCACUCGCUGGGCUGCUUCCGAGACCGCAACAAGCUGCUGCAGGACCUGCUGUCCGAGGAGGAGAACCAGGAGAAGAUGAUCUACUUCCUCCUCUUGGACCGGAAGGAAAGGUACCCCAGCCACGAGGACGAGGACCUGCCCCCCAGGAACGAAAUAGACCCUCCCCGGAAGCGUGUGGACUCCCCGAUGCUGAACCGGCAUGGAAAGCGGCGGCCGGAGCGAAAGUCCAUGGAGGUGCUCAGUGUGACCGACGGCGGCUCCCCGGUCCCGGCGCGCAGGGCCAUCGAGAUGGCUCAGCACGGCCAGAGUAAAGCUAUGUUCAGUAAAAGCCUGGAUAUCGCUGAAGCCCACCCCCAAUUCCGCACAGAAGACAGGUCCAGAUCCAUCAGCGGCGCCUCCUCCGGCCUCUCCACCAGCCCCCUCAGCAGCCCCCGGGUGACCCCUCACCCCUCUCCAAGGGGUAGUCCCCUCCCUACCCCCAAGGGGACACCCGUGCACACGCCCAAGGAGAGCCCGGCCGGUACGCCCAACCCCACGCCGCCGUCCAGCCCCAGCGUCGGAGGGGUGCCCUGGAGAACGCGGCUCAACUCCAUCAAGAACAGCUUCCUGGGGUCGCCCCGCUUCCACCGCCGGAAACUGCAAGUUCCAACGCCAGAGGAGAUGUCCAACCUGACCCCGGAGUCGUCCCCUGAGCUGGCCAAGAAGUCCUGGUUCGGGAACUUCAUCAGCCUGGAGAAGGAGGAGCAGGUCUUCGUCGUCAUCAAGGACAAGCCUCUGAGCUCCAUCAAGGCCGACAUCGUGCAUGCGUUCCUGUCGAUCCCCAGCCUCGGCCACAGCGUCAUCUCCCAGACCAGCUUCCGGGCCGAGUACAAGGCGACGGGGGGCCCGGCCGUCUUCCAGAAACCGGUCAAGUUCCAGGUGGACAUCACCUACACCGAGGGCGGGGCCGCACACAAGGAGAACGGCAUCUACUCCGUCACGUUCACGCUCCUGUCAGGCCCGAGCCGCCGCUUCAAGAGGGUGGUGGAGACCAUCCAGACGCAGCUGCUGAGCGCACACGACCAGCCCCCCGCCCAGCACUCAUCAGACCCCACUAGCUGUGUGGAGGCGGUGACGGGGAGGCUUUCCAAGUGCGGAAUUAUCCCGAAAAGUUAACAUGUCGACCUCCACGAGGCCGUCCCCUGGGCCCCACGCCGGACGCCGGCCGACAGAAGGCAGCUGCGUGGACCUGCCCCUCCGCUCCCGCCGCCGCCACAGCCUGCCCGGGGGCCAGGCCCUGCCCGCCCUCCGCUGCCCCCGUCCGCCUGCCCGCGCGGCGCUCUGCCCGGUUCCUGCUCCGCAUGGCCAUGGGGAGGAGGACCUGGCUCCCGGGGGAAGCCGCCCCCGCCCUGCCGACUGGACUUGCAGCGACUAGAGCCCGGGCGGGC